GUUUAGCAUUGUUCAUAAGAUUGUUGUAUUUAUUUUAGCUUUUAAUUUUUCGGAGAAGAGUAACAAGAAGAAUGAAUGCUUCUCUCAUAAAUGUUCCUCAGGGUCAGUUAACAUUCAAGGAUGUGGCUGUGGACUUCUCACAGGAGGAAUGGGAAAGUCUUGACCGUGCUCAGAGGGCAUUGUACAUGGAUGUGAUGUUGGAGAAUUACAACAAUCUGCUUUUUGUGGAGAAUCAUGGCAUGUGCCGUAAAUAUGAGAACAUCUUAGAUCAAGACCUACAGCAUAUUGUCCAAGAGCAUGUGAAUAUCCAAGUGAAGUCUUAUAAAUGUCAUGAGCUUAUUAAAAUCAUUCAUGAAUCCACCCAAAGUACAACUUAUAAACCUAACCUCAGGGAUACAUCUGUUGAAUCAUCAAACCUAAGCAGGCUUGAAACUGGAAACAACAGAGAGCCUUGCAAAUAUAAAAACCCUGCAAACAGUUUAAAUGCCUGCUCUACCAUUAGUUUAACUCAGGGAAACCAAAGAGGAAAGAAAGAAUACAGUGGUACAGAGCUUGAUAAGGAUUUUGACUCUAAAGAAAAACUCAUGCUGGAACAAACGAAUAAUAGAAAGAAACCUUACAAAUGUAGUGAAUGUGACAAAUGUUUUACCACGAAAGGCUAUGUUAGAGUUCAUCAGCGAAUUCAUACAGGAGAGAAACCUUACAAAUGUAGUGAAUGUGACAAAUGCUUCACCGACAAAGGCUAUUUUAGAAUUCAUCAACGAGUUCAUACAGGAGAGAAACCUUACAAAUGCAGUGAAUGUGACAAAUGCUUUCCCCACAAAGGCAAUCUUAGAAGACAUCAGAGACUUCAUAGAGGAGCGAAACCUUACAAAUGUAGUGAAGGUGACAAAUGCUUCUCCCAAAUUGAUGGUCUUAGCAAACAUCUGAAAAUUCAUACUGGAAAAAAACCUUACAAAUGCAGUGAAUGUGACAAAUGCUUUCUCGACAAAAGUGGUCUUAGAAGUCAUCAGAUUAUCCACACAGGAGUGAAACCGUACAAAUGUAGUGAAUGUGACAAAUGCUUUACCCACAAAGCCAGUCUUAAAAUUCAUCAGAGAAUUCAUACAGGAGAAAAACCUUACAAAUGUAGUGAAUGUGACAAAGGCUUUACCCAAAAAGGCAAUCUUAUGAUUCAUCAGAUAGUUCAUACAGGAGAUAAAAGUUACACAUGUACUAAAUAUGACAAAUGUUCCUCCCAAAUUGGUGGUCUUAGCAGACAUCUGAAAAUUCAAACUGGAAAAAAGCCUUACAAAUGCAGUGAAUGUGACAAAUGCUUUCGCUACAGAAGUGGCCUUAGAAGUCAUCAGAUAAUCCACACAGGAGAGAAACCAUACAAAUGUAGUGAAUGUGACAAAUGCUUUUCCUCCAAAGGCAGUCUUAAAAGUCAUCAGCGAGUUCAUACGGGAGAAAAACCUUACAAAUGUAGUGAAUGUGACAAAGGCUUUACCCAAAAAUUCAAACUUAUUAUUCAUCAGAUAGUUCAUACACGAGAGAAAGGUUACACCUGUAGUGAAUGUGACAAAUGCUUCACCCACAAAGGCUAUCUUAGUAUUCAUCAGAGAAUUCAUACAGGAGAAAAAGUUCACAGAUGUAGUGAAUGUGACAAGUGCUUUACGAAGAAAUAUCUUCUUAGAAUGCAUCAGAGAAUACAUUCAGGAGAGAAACCUUACAAAUGUAAUGAAUGUGGCAAAUACUUUGCCCAAAAAGCCAAUCUUAUUAUUCAUCAGAGGAUUCAUACAGGAGAGAAACCUUACAAAUGUAGUGAAUGUGACAAAGUCUUUACUCAAAAAAGCGGUCUUAUUAUUCAUCAGAGAAAUCAUACAGGAGAGAAACCUUACAAAUGUAGUGAAUGUGCAAAAUAUUUUUCCCAAAAAAGUAGUCUUACUAUUCAUCAGAGAAUUCAUACAGGAGAGAAACCUUACAAAUGUAGUGAAUGUGCAAAAUAUUUUGCCCAAAAAAGUAGUCUUACUAUUCAUCAGAGAACUCAUACAGGAGAGAAACCUUACCAAUGUAGUGAAUGUGAGAAAUGCUUUACCCUCAAAAGGAGUCUGAAUGUUCAUCAGAGAGUUCAUACAGGAGAGAAGCCUUUGAAAUUAGUGAAUGUGACAAAUGCUUUUCCCACAAAGGCGAUGUUAGAAAACAUCAGAGAAUUUAUGCAGGAGAAAAAAACACUACAAAUAUGAAUGUGACAUAUGAUUUCCCCCAAAAUUCAAUCUUAUUAUUCAUCAGAUAGUUCAUAUACGAGAGAAAGGUUACACAUGUAGUGAAUGUGACAAAUUCUUCACCUUUCAAAUCUAGUGUAUGUGACAAAUACUCUACCUGCGAAAGCAGUCUUAGAAUUUAUCAGAGAAUUAAUGCGGGAGAAGAACCUUAAAAAUAUAGUGAGUGUGAUGAAUUCUCGAGCCAGAAUCAAUCUUAUCACUCACCAGAGAAUGUGUACAGUAGAGAAAUUUAACAAAUGAUGAGAAUGAGAAAAACCAUGGCCAAGGAGGAUCAUCUUAGAAUUUAUCAGAGAAUACAUAUAAGGGGGUCUUUAUAAAUGUAGUAAAUGUACAAAUCUUUUACUGUUGGUUCAUUAAAGAAUGCUUACAGGAGAAAAACCUCAGACAUGUAAUGUAUGAGGCUUUCCUUUGCCCAAAUCUCAGUACUAAGAAAAUACCUAGAAAUUUUUAGUCAGAAAAAAGUGUCCACUGGAGGGGAAAAAUGUGGCAUGUGCUUUAUUUAAUCUGUAUCGUUUGCAACAAUUGAGACUCCACACUAAAGAAUUGUUUAUUGUGUGUAUGAGAAACUUGUGAAAGUGUUUGAUACUCCAAUCUUUUAAAGUACCCAGGAUUUAUGCUGAGAGAAACUGAAAAUGUGACAAUGAAGGAAAUAUUUCAUUAAAAGUUUUUACUUGUUCAUUUUCAAACUUUUCAUAAUGAAUACAUGAUGGAGAAGCUAGAAGAAUAUGGAAUUGUGUAAAGUUUCCUAGAGUCUAAAAUGAUCUAUUUCAAAGAGCAGGUGGGAAAUACGUGUCUCAAACAGUAAAACAGAGUAAACAGACAGUAAAACAGACAGCAUUUGUAUGCUUAAAUCAAAUUAAGAUACUUAAACAAAUUACACUUCUUUUAAAAAGUGGACUUAAAAGUGGACUUGACAAACUGAGCCACAAAUAUAGGAUACUUUUUAUCCUGUAGAUAUGCAUAUGGAUAUGCAGUUUGCUGCCAGAGUCCAGUAUUCAUAAUCUGUAUUAUAUGAUGAUUUUAAAUUUCAGGAUAGCAAUUGUCAUUGAGUCCUUUGGGCUCUCAUUUCCUAAUUCCUUCCCCUGAGUCCUGUAUGGAACUCCAAUAAAGAUCAUUGGUUCAACAA